AUGGAGGAAUUGACGAAACUUCAGGAGUUGUCACUCGUGUCGAAGAUAUGCACAGAACUGGAGAACCACUUGUCGUUCAACGACAAAGACAUGGCUGAGUUCAUCAUCAAGUUGUCCGAAAAGAACAACACUUUCGAGACAUUCAAAGCAGUUCUUCAUCAAAAUGGCGCCCAAUUUAACGACUCAUUUGUGGCCAAUCUCUUGAGAAUCAUUCAACACAUGAGACCCAAACCCAUCCAAUCCAUUGAUGCCGACAAAGACAGCGAAUCCAAUGUCAUGGACCGGAACGACGUUCAGAUGAAGAGGGUUUUAUACCCGGGUCUCGCCAUUCCUGACAAUCCGGCCGUUCGGCUGAUGCUUGAAGGGGACGACGAGAAGGGCGUGAAUUCAGGAACUGUUAAAGUGAAGAGCGAACCAAAUGUUAACGAAGACGAUAAGGUGGCCAUCGAUAUGAUGGCAGUCUUGGAAUCGAUGGCUUCGAAGACUGAGCCCCAAAAGAGUCCCAAAAGGGAAAAGGAUUACAAAGAGAGCGUUAAAACUGAACGAAAGAGGAGUCGGAGUAGAGAUCGACGAGGAAACGAGAGGGAGACGAAGGAGUUGCCGAACGAACCAAUAGUGGGCGAUAUAUACAACGGGAAAGUGACAAAUAUUAUGCAAUUCGGAUGUUUUGUACAAUUGGAUGGACUGAAGAAGCGAUGGGAGGGUUUGGUCCAUAUCUCGCAAUUGAGACGCGAGGGAAGAGUGAAUAACGUGAACGAAGUCGUCCAAAAGGGACAACGAGUUAAAGUGAAAGUGUUGUCAUUCACGGGACAGAAGACUAGUCUUACCAUCAAAGAUGUGGAUCAGAACACCGGCGAAGACUUGAAUCCAUCGCACGAUAGAAAAGAUAUGAACAGCGAUCUGAUGGACGCCCGAAACCCCGAUCGACCGCUUUCUCUACCGUUGACUGGAUUGCAGAAAAUGGAUGACGAAGACGUGGAGAGUCGCAGACGUAUUAUUCAACGCAUAUCAUCGCCAGAGAAGUGGGAACUCAAGCAAAUGAUGUCCGCCAAUGUGUUGGACAGAUCUCUUUUACCCGAUUUCGACGAAGUGUCGGGCGUUUUGCCCAAAGACGAAGACGACGACGACGAGGACAUUGAGAUCGAGAGGGUAGAGGACGACCCGGCCUUCCUUCGCGGUCACGGAAGGGCUAAUCUCCAGAACUUAAGUCCCGUUCGUAUAGUGAAGAAUCCGGACGGAUCUCUCGCCCAGUCAGCGAUGAUGCAGUCGGCGCUCUCGAAGGAGAGACGCGAACUCAAGCAACAGCAGAGGGAGGCGGAGAUGGAAGGCGUGCCCUCCAAUCUCAACAAGGAUUGGAUCGAUCCGAUGCCCGCCUCCGACACCCGACCCCUCGCCGCCAAUAUGCGAGGCGUCGGCGCCGCCACUCAAGACGUGCCCGAAUGGAAGAAACACAUCACCGGAGGUGUGAAGGCGUCGUACGGAAAGAAGACUCAAAUGACGCUCAUUGAACAGCGCAUGAGUUUACCCAUCUAUACGUUCAAAGACCAGUUGGUUAGGGCUGUGUUCGACAAUCAGAUACUUAUUGUUAUCGGAGAAACCGGUUCCGGAAAGACCACUCAAAUCACACAAUAUUUGGCUGAAGCCGGAUAUACGGCGCGCGGAAAGAUUGGUUGCACUCAACCCCGAAGAGUGGCCGCGAUGUCUGUCGCCAAACGGGUGGCCGAAGAGUACGGUUGCCGUUUGGGACAAGAGAUCGGUUAUACCAUACGUUUCGAGGACUGCACGAGUCCUGAGACACAAAUCAAAUACAUGACUGAAGGUAUGCUUUUGAGGGAAUGUCUGAUCGAUCCCGAUAUGAAGCAAUACGCGGUCAUUAUGUUAGACGAAGCGCACGAGCGAACCGUUUGCACUGACGUGUUGUUCGGUUUGCUGAAGAAGUCGGUCAAAAACAGGCCGGAAAUGAAAUUAAUCGUGACGUCAGCCACUCUAGACGCCGUCAAGUUCUCGCAGUACUUCUUUGAAGCUCCCAUUUUCACAAUCCCUGGCCGUACUUUUCCCGUAGAAAUUCUGUACACCAAAGACCCGGAAACUGAUUACUUGGACGCCUCUCUCAUAACUGUGAUGCAAAUCCAUUUGACUGAACCGCCCGGCGAUAUACUGCUCUUUCUCACGGGUCAGGAGGAGAUCGACACCGCGUGUGAGAUAUUAUACGAGCGGAUGAAGUCAUUGGGUCCAGAAGUGCCCGAUUUGAUUAUUCUUCCCGUGUAUUCGGCGCUUCCCAGCGAAAUGCAGACCCGAAUCUUCGAGCCGACUCCUCCCGGCUCUCGCAAAGUGGUUAUCGCCACGAAUAUCGCCGAAACAUCGCUUACAAUCGAUGGCAUCUAUUAUGUGGUCGAUCCGGGAUUUGUGAAGCAAAAUGUGUACAACUCUAAGGCCGGAAUGGAUUCGCUGAUUGUGACGCCUAUAGCUCAGGCUCAGGCCAAACAAAGGGCCGGUCGUGCGGGCCGUACGGGUCCGGGAAAGUGUUACCGAUUAUAUACAGAGCGCGCCUAUAGGGACGAGAUGUUGACGACACCCGUUCCCGAGAUUCAGAGAACAAAUUUAGCCGAAACUGUGCUUCAGUUAAAGGCGAUGGGAAUCAACGAUUUGUUGGCCUUUGACUUCAUGGACGCGCCGCCAACGGAGACCUUAAUUAUGGCUUUAGAACAGUUGCACUCUUUGUCCGCUUUAGAUGAAGAAGGAUUACUGACGCGAUUGGGUCGACGUAUGGCUGAGUUCCCACUCGAGCCCCGACUCUGCAAAAUGUUGAUAAUGUCUGUGAAUCUCGGCUGUAGUGACGAAAUACUGACGAUAGUGUCGAUGCUGUCCGUCCAGAAUGUCUUCUAUAGGCCUAAAGACAAGCAGGCGUUGGCCGACCAGAAGAAGGCAAAGUUCAAUCAACUAGAAGGCGAUCACUUGACUCUUCUGGCAGUGUAUAACUCGUGGAAGAAUAACAAGUUCUCGAAUCCGUGGUGUUAUGAGAACUUCGUUCAGAUCCGGACACUGAAGAGAGCGCAAGACGUGAGGAAACAGUUGCUCGGAAUUAUGGACAGACAUAAGUUGGAUGUGUUUUCGUGCGCCAAAAACACGGCGCGCGUCCAGAAAGCCAUUUGCAGCGGAUUUUUCCGCAACGCCGCCAAAAAGGACCCGCAAGAGGGCUACCGAACGCUUGUGGACUCGCAAGUGGUGUAUAUCCACCCGUCGAGCUCUCUAUUCAAUCGACAGCCAGAAUGGGUUGUUUACCACGAGCUCGUGCUCACCACCAAAGAGUAUAUGCGCGAAGUGACCACAAUUGAUCCCAAAUGGUUGGUCGAGUUCGCGCCCUCGUUCUUCAAGUUCGCCGACGCAUCCAAACUCAGCAAACAUAAGAAACAGCUCCGUUUGGAACCGCUAUAUAAUAAAUACGAAGAACCAAACUCUUGGAGAAUAUCGAGGAGUCGAUUAAAGAUGAAUCCAAUUAACGACAAGAGUUUUUCGAGUGACAAGAAGUGGUUUUCGUCCAGUUAUCUGACGCCCAAUCGGAACGCCAGCACUGAUUACCAGUACUCGAGUCACACGAAUGGACACCAAUUGAUUGAUCAAACCAUUCGUGACAUCCGAAGCCAAUCAAGUGAUUCGGUUUAUAGGCAUGACUUCAGAUAUGAGUCGAGAAGUGAUCCAAAAUCGUCCGCAAAGAGGACUAAUGUGUGCUCUGAAAACAGGGACACAAAGAGAUCACGAUUUAGCGAUCCAUUCGAUUCGCCCGAUCUUCGGGUCGCAGACUUUCGCCACACUUUUGCGAAUGAAAGUCAUUCAAAGGACACACCGGUUGUCAGUCUGUUCUGCAAACCGUGCGCUUCUUUGAGCCAUUCGUUUAAAGACUUCGCGCAACACAUCAGAGGAAAGAAACAUCAAAUUGAAUUCAUUCACCCAAACAAUAGGGAGACUCUACUGGAGAGACCGACAGACAACCGAUUGAUUCGCUCUUUAGCUCAAAAGUAUGAGAAACUAUACGGCAGAGGAAACUGUCAGUACAUCGAUGACUGUGACAAAGCAAUUACCACUCCUAUAAACUCAGCCAAUAAUGAGAUCAAAGUCAAUACGAGAGACAAAUUGACAACUAAUGAAGAGUCGGACGCAAAAAUGGUCGAAGCCUUCAAAUCGAUUCGCAAGAUAUGCGACCAAAUGAUUGCAUACUAUACUCCCAAACAGGACACCAGCACUCAAUUGUCGCCAAUACUUCCAAACAAUGACGAGAAUCAGAAGAAUGCUCUCAACUGUUGGUCACAAAUGAUGAGUCUUUGUAACAAUGAUGUGACAAAAACCGAGAAAUAG